AAACAAAGUGUUGGAAGGACUACUUUACUGUUGGCGGUGAAGAGAGAGAGAAAGAAAAAAAAAUUGAUGAUAGUGUCAAUAUGGAUAAAGUAAAACGAGGGUUCUUAGAAGAUGACUUCUUUUCGUUGUCAAGUACUAUUGACAGGAAGAAGUUGAAGAAGGAAAAACAUACCAAAAAGAAACAUAAGGAACACAAGAAAGACGAUGAUAUCAUUAACGAACAUGGGUCAACAACCGAAGUUUCAGAUAUAAACAGUUCAACAAUAUUAAAAGAGGAUUCAUUUAGACAGGAAACUGAAGAUAGCAAGACUGAUGCAGAUAGUGAACCUGAAAACUGUAACACUAUCAAGUUAUCCAAACCACCAGUAAGAUCAAGAACCAUAACUCCACCAUCAGUAGACAAAGAAGCAAUACGAAUUGAAAUAGCCAGCCGAAUAAAAUCAACAGGCUCUGCCACCCCUGCCCUUGAAGACACCGACGAUGAUAACGAUGAAGAUGAUGAUGAUGAUGAUGAACUAGGUGUACAAAUCUUGAAAGAAUCGAAGUCAUUGAGUAUAUCUGACAGAACUGUUGGCCAAUACCAAUUCACUGAUUCCAAUGAAAAGAAACGAAAAUAUAUUAUCCGAGCCAUAUCAAAACUACCUGUUCCUGAACAAGCCAGCAAUACCCUUGAUUUUGGAACUGGUGGAUUGAAAUCAUUUACCAAGAUAAAAAUAGCCAUGUUGAAACACUUCAAAAGUAUAUUCAUGGCCACUCUAUCAUCUGAUUUGUUGGAUCGCUAUUCCCCUGAAACCUCGGCCUUGGUAUGGCUAGAAGGAAAGAUGCUCAUACCUACAUUUUAUACCCCAAAGACAUUACGUAUACCGCCACCAGCUUCUUUUAAUCUUGUUAUUGACAAGGUAGAAGAUAUGCAACCAACAGUAUUGACUUGCUUAUUGAUAGAAAAUGAAAACAGUGAACAAUUUAUGAACAUAUACCCAGAAUUCCAAACUGCUGCUCCUAUAUCUGAAGAAGAGGAACAACCAAUUUCAGAACCAACAGGUGCAGAUGCGGAUGCGGAUGCGGAUGCAGAUGUUGUAGACGAAGAUGAUGUAGUUGAUUUAACUAUAGAUGAUGAACCUGCAAUAGCUCCCCAAGUUGAAGAAAUUGAUGAGUUCUUUGUCAUUGGUCUCAAGGGUAAGGAUAACAAGAGAAUUGAGGUGAAGGUGUCAACUGAAACUAAAAUCAGAAGCUUACUAAUGCAUUACCUCAAAGUUAAGGGUUUAGAUGAAAGAACGGUAGAUAUUACCCAUGCGAAACUUAUAUUUGAUGAUGAGCCAUUAGAUAUGGAUGCUCAUGUCGGUGAUACUGAAUUAGAAGAAGAUUUUGAAAUCCAAAUUGUACUAUAAUAGGCAAGUAGCGACAUUUUUAGUGUAUAUUAUUUUAAACAUUAAUUAUCAGAACAAAAUAAUACUAUACCCAGUAAUUCUAGACUAUGUGUGAUUUCUCUUUACAUUGGAAUAACACACAUUAAUUAUUAUACAAUAAUGUCAUAUCUUGUUGACUUGGCUCAUUUGCAACUUGUAUGACAAGUACGAUUGAUGCCGCUUCAACACAUGGUGAGAUGCUAAGAAAUAUGUAGUUGAUUAGAAAUCAUGCAUUGUUAUUUAACUGUUGCGAAAUUAUAUAACAAGUUAACUAAUGUGAUAGU